GUUCUCGGAAGUACGGCCCUAGCUAGGCUACGCAACAUGUGGCGGAUGUUGACAGCGUGUUUCUUGGCUGUGAGCUUGGUGGUGGCGAAUGCAGAGCAACACGAGAAAGACCACGAGACGUUGAUUCUGCUAGAAAUUGAACCCAUCGUUAAAAGUAACAGCAAAGACAAACGGUCUCCUCAGCAUGGCUCGAGUCAGGCUGUCUUUGCUGCCUCUCCCGGACAGUUCCUUGUUCGCACCAGCAGUCCCAGCGGAGACACACAGGCUCAAGUGCAACCCGAGUACCUGAACCUGCUGGUGGGACAGCAGCCGGAGGCGGACCAGACACCCCCGCAACCUGUCCUCCAGCAGCUUCUCAUUGCAAGGAACCCUGAUCCAUCAGCGGUACAGUUCAGCAACACACCGGGACUGGCCCCACCACGCCGCAGACCUCCUCCAUCGCUACAGGCACAGCUGCAACAGCUGUACUUCAACCAGCAAUUCCAGCAGCAGAUUCCGGUGCGUCCGCGCACCUUGCGCCCUCCGCCCAGGCCAGCUGCACCCAGUGCUGACGACUUUCCUGCAGUGUCGACUUCCUCACAAGCACAUGCCGUGCAUGAGGCUCGUCUCAGAGCAUCACUUGCCGGAAAUGAUCCUAACCUCGCAGUACUGGCACCGAGUCAGCAGCAGGGUUACUUAAGUGAGAGUUAUGAUCAGCAGUUGGCACAGCUUGCAGAAGCUGCACAAGUACAGCUGGCUCAAGCCCAGGCAUUGCCUCAACAAUUUGCUCAGGUACAGUCUCUUCCUCAACAGCAAACAGCAUACACGAUCAGUUCUCAGGUUAAAUACGUUCCAGAACCCCAACAGGUGCCAGAGAAUCCAGUAAGCUACUCGAGCAGACAAGCCUCACGUUCUCAGCAGAUCCUAACUCCCGGGCGUGUGAAAACUUCGCGUCGCCCAGCAGCAGCAGAACAAUAUAUCCGCGAGACAACACAGCCUCUCUCAGACCAGAGAUUGGUACAGAUUCCGCAGAGGCAACAGAACUCGGAGCCAACAAUUUAUUUGAGUUCCCAGUCAGGGCAGCAAACUCCCAGCGCCAGUCAAGACAAUGACAUUAUUUCACAGAUUCUCUCGCAGCAAGGUCGUGAUUUCUUACCCAGUUCAACCCCGUCGUCCGCUGCUUUAGCAAACGUCAUUAAGUCGUCAACUUCGUUACCUUCAACAGAGUCGAGAUCAUCAAUAUAUGUUACACAAACGUCAACCGUCAAAAGUACUCAGAGUCCUGGGACAGUAACAGUACAUGAGGUAGGGCCACUUCAAGAAGAAUCUAGCACACCUUUGCCCGUGGUUCACCUCCCAACACCUGAAGGACAGAGGCCACUAACACAGAGUGAAUUCCAGGCACUUAUAAACGCCGGAUUCAAGAUAUCACCAGCUCCAGAGUCCCCUCCACAGACAGAAGCCCCAGUGUACUACCAGCAAACAACAAAGAGGCAACGAUCAUAUGUCACACCUGCACCUCUAGAGCGCAAUCACGUGUCAUACCAGUCUAGACAAAAGAACCCUCAACAAGAGAAGGACGAUGUUCAGCAAUUAUCAAGCCUUGGAAUUGAACGUCUGCAGCAAAGCGGUCAGGUAGGUAGUUAUGAACUGCGAGAAACAAAGCCAGGGCGCGAAGAAGAGGAAGCUACACAGUACGUUCAACCUCCUGAAACCCAGAACAUCCCGGCAACCAGGAUCCGGUUCUUAACAAAUAAACCGGAAUCGGAAGAAGAAAUUAUCCACUUUAUUCACAUACCAAGAACCCCUCAAGUACCAGACGUUCAACAGAGAGAUGUUCUGAUGAAGUAUCAGACUGAUACAGGAAGGGGACUAGCUCAAACACACGGAUUGGAAGAUGAAAGAGAGAGAACAAAACAGCAGAUUCAGACCACAAGGUAUCGCCCCCAAACUCAGGAGCUGAGUUACCAGAGAGAGCGAGACAGCUUGCCACAGCAAACACCGUCUUACCAGCACGGUGACGAGUCUGUGAGCCAGCAGGCACUGAGGUUUCAUCCAAUCGUUGUGGCAGAGUUGCCAACAACAACCGCACCAAGUCCUGCCCCUCGCAGACGAAGGCCUCGCCCCAGUCAUAGCAGAGCUGUGUACCGCGCACAACCGGCAAGCGACCAGACAAGAAAUCAAGAAGCACGUGAACAGUAUCUUGUGUCUUAUGACAGCAUUCCAGAAGCUACAUCUUUCGGCACAAGAAACAGUAGGUUAAAAGAUCGUCGCCUAACAUCAGACGAGGAAUCUUAAAAUUCAUUUCUUUCUAUCAUCCACACUCACUCCUUAUCAUCAACAUCAUUAGUACUCUCAGAUAAUUUUUGUGAAAAUGAACAAAAUCACUGUGCAAAAAACUCUUUAUACCCGGAGGACUUGAGGGCUGAACAGGCUGAUGGAGACAAUCUUCAAUGAUCAGUCUCUUCCAUUAUUAAUUUUGCUGAAUAAUUGUUCCUUUAUUUUUGUAUUUAUUUUCCAGGAAUUGCCAUACGAAAAGUUGUAGAAUUGCUAAGAAAGUAGAAGUUUAUUAAAGCAAAAUAUUCAACACAAGAAAUUUAGAAAAUAAGAGACUGGAAGACAGCAGCAUGAAAGUAAUUAAGCAUUAUCCAUGGCUAGAGCGUGUCGCACUCCAAUAACUUUACGGCUGCAAGCAUUCAAUGAUAUUUACUUUAUUUUUUCCUUCUCAGACAAGAAUCAAGGAAAUCUCUCAGAACAAUUAAUUCAUGACAAAGUUAAAAGUAAUUAGAAUACAGCCAGAUGUAUUGUUGUAGUUGUUUCAGUUUCGAUAUCACUGACCCGAAAGAAGGCUGUAAAAGAACGCUUGUCCAUCUCUUAUAGGGAUAUAAUUAAAAAUUGUUCCUUUUAAUCACGUAAAUGUAAGAUAUCAAACAAUCGCAAGCACAUCUUCAUACUACUAAUUCCUUUUCGCGAUUGUCGGCUUUCAAGUUUGGUGCUUUUUGUACUUAAGCCUACAGCUCUGAAAUUUUAUUCGGAAAGAGAAUCAGGUCUCUAUUUGUAAAAAUAACAGCAACAUUGAUUUUUAGGUUGGCAUUCAUACCUAAAUCCGCCUAUAGAGGGAUUUAGUGCGGAACCAGGAAGAAACUUUAGCGAUACCUCAGAGUUCCGGAAAACACGGUUUGGGAAUCACUACUGUAUUUAAUCAGGAAGAUACUAAAUACAGAUCAUAAUCAUCAAACUGUAAGCUUUUCAUGUACUUAUGCAUUAAAGAAGCUGAAAUGUAAA